CACAUGUGUAUGAAAUAUGUUAAACACCGAGACAGUUUAACGUAUUUGACAUCAAGUGUUAGCUAACGUGUAAGCGUCAACAUUUUAGCAGCCUAGAACAGUUUCAAAGCUGUGCAGUUAGCAGGAUAAAAGACAACAAAUAAUGGAAGGGUGUUUGGCAGUCGUGACUCUGCUUAGCUGGAUGGGAGUGGUCACUGCCUCUAUGGACUAUGGACCUGGAAACACAGAUCGGACUGCCUCUAACUAUGGACCUGGAAACACAGAUUGGACUGCCUCUAACUAUGGACCUGGAAACACAGAUCGGACUGCCUCUAACUAUGGACCUGGAAACACAGAUCGGACUGCCCCUAACUAUGGACCUGGAAAAACAGAUUGGACUAAUUCUGGACAACAAGAAGACACUGUUGACCAUUUGACUCUUAUGUUAAAAACUGAAGGGGCAAAACUUUCUAUGAACAAAGGUGAUGAUGUGUGGAAAAUGUUGCCGAAAAGUACAGAAAUGCAUUCAAAUGACAAUUGGCAAAACAAGGGAACAUUCUCUGGGCCUUCAAGUACAUCGGUAACCAGUAACCACUACCAACUACCACGAGCUACUACUUUCACUAGAAGCCCUACAAAACUGGCGAACUCCUAUAAUAGCGAUGACCCAGCCAUCAUGAAUCAAGCCAUAUUAGCCAGGUUCAAAAAGGAACACGAAGAAAGUAAAAACUAUGGACCAAAAGUGGGUGAAACAGUUGAUUUUUUCGGAAUCGCUCAACAACCAAAUUCUGACUCUUUAACCAAGGGCCAGACCGGAUCAGCUGGUGCUUUUGGUCUUGGAGGCCUUAUUGGAACGAAAAACGAAGAACAGACGCCUUCUCCAUCGGAGCAGUCACAAACAGCUAGUGCAUUUAGUCUUGGAAGCCUUUUCGGAUCAAACCAGGGAGAACAGACGCCUACAAAUUAUCCAUCGGAGCAGACCGGAUCAACUGGUUCAUUCAGUCUAGGAAGCCUUGGCGGGUCGAACCAGGGAGAACAGACGCCUACAACUUUUCCACCGGAAAUCGUUGGACCAGCAAAGAAACUCGCUCAAUCCAUUCUUGACGCAGUUGCAAAAGUCAAUGUACAAGACUUAGGUCAGGGUAAUGAAUUGACCAGUAGACUGAUGGAACUAUGCACAGAAAGUAUGGAAAAUGAUAUGGUCACUGUGAAGCAGUUGAAAAAGGCAGAUACAUCGCUCAUCAAGGUGCGCGGGCCGUUGAAACUUCACUUGAAAGGAACAGUAGGAGACUAUUUGAUGAAACACAAUGUUCUUGACAAUUUUGACGACUUGUUUAUGGAAUAUUGGGAAAACAUACGUGAGAAACUGGUCCUGUUGAGGGUUCAACAUGAAAAUUGAUUAUCAUGACAUUUGCAUUAUAUUCUACUCAAGCACUUUUCCAUUUCAUGAAAAUUAUCAUAAAGUUUAAUUCUUACUUCAUGAAUGCCUGAGUGUCUGUAAUGCGAGUGGAGGAGAAUUCAAUAAACAUUGAUUGUUAUGA